AGAUCGCUACUUUACAGAUCGAUAUAGUAUUAGUAAUCAAUCUGUAGAAAAAUCGUAGCCAGUUGAUUAGUUAACUAAUAUUUUUAAAAGUUUCACACAUAAAUUUCUUACUUAUCGUGGGUGCUCCCAAGUGCAUAAAAUGUUGGCGGAGGAGGACGGUUACGCCGAGAUAAGCGAACUUCCCCCGGAAGUGCUCAAAGCCAUUGAACAGGUGCUUCCCAGCGAUGACCCUUUAGAUCAAUCCUCUUUCGACGUAGUUCAACACAUCAAUGCGCUUUUUCCCACGGAACAAUCCCUCUCCACGUUGCACGAGGUUAUCCAUUCCGUUGAGGAGCAGAUUGUUGGUGUAGAUCAGGAGAUUCGUGGUUUUGUGAGACAACAGACGGGACGCGGAGGUCAAAAUGGGGUCACUGCGCUUGCCCGAGCUCAAGCCUCCAUCGAGUCUCUCGUGACCAAGGUGCUUGACAUGAAGGGUCGAGCAGAACAAAGCGAGGCGGCAGUGAGGGACAUGACACGCGACAUUCGACAGUUGGACACGGCAAAAAAGAAUCUCACUUCCGCCAUCACGACGCUUAAUCAUCUCAACAUGCUUGUUUCGGGAGUGGACACGUUGCAGACACUGGUGAAAACAAGACAGUAUGGAGACGUGGCCAACCUACUGCAAGGAGUUGCAAAUGUGGUUGAACAUUUCAAUGAUUAUCACAACAUUCCUCAAAUUUCACAGUUGGCCCAAAAGGUUAAAGAUAUCAAAAAAGAAUUGGGUGAACAAAUCAGUUUGGAGUUCCGAGAGUCGUUCUCUACAUCGACAGGAAGCCUGUAUGUCAAACAGAUGAAGGAGGCUUGUUUGGUGCUAGAUGUUCUGGAACCACAUGUAAAACAUGAUUUAUUGACUUGGUUCGUUUCCCUGCAAUUGACCGAGUAUGGCGUCCUCUUUGACGAAAAUGAUGAUUUGGCCUGGUUAGAUAAGAUUGACAAGCGAUACACUUGGCUGAAGAAACAUUUAAUUCAGUUUGAAGAACGGUACGCGUCUAUAUUUCCAACUUAUUGGGAUGUGUCUCAGCGUAUCGCGACGCAAUUUUGUCACCAAACACGACAGGAUUUGACCAAAGUUAUGGGGAAACGACGAAAUGAAAUUAACGUCAAAUUACUUCUCAGUGCUAUUCAAAAGACAUGCUCAUUUGAGAACCUUCUAUUUUUACGAUUCCGGGGGUACAUGUUUGAGGGUAGUGAUGAAGAUUCGACCAAUCCAUUCCUUUCCCCGACGACGGCAGACGAGGAUGCGUUGAAUCCAUUUCUACAACCUAGCGUCGUGGCAGUGACGUCCCCUAAACAGGAACCUCGUCCAGCAAUUCCCAAUAAGUUUAAUAGAAUUAUUACCCAGUGCUUCGACCCAUUCUUAUACAUCUAUGUGGACAGUCAAGACAAAAACUUGGUUGAAUUAAUUGAUAAAUUCGUUUCUGAGCUGAAAUCAAGUGGAUUCCCUAUUCCGUCUGGACCUGAUGCCAAUGGAGUUGUAUUAGCUAACUGCGCUGACUUAUUCGUGUUUUACAAAAAAUGCUUGGUCCAAUGCACUCAGCUCAGUUGCGGAGAACCUCUGCUAAAUUUGGGGUUUGUUUUUAUCAAACGUCUGAGAGACUACUGUUCCAAGAUAUUGCAAGCCAACUUACCAAAAAUCGUUACAAACUCAACGUCGUUGGCAUCUGUAACCAAUAUCACCCGAGAACUUCGUGAUUUAAACACUUCCGGUUUAAUCUCCAAUUUUCAGUCUUUGCUUAAGGAAGGAGAAAGUGUCCGAUUUACUCGCAAUGAGCUCUAUCGUCUUGCAUGCAUUCUUACGACUGCUGAAUACUGCGUGGAGACUAUGCAACAAUUAGAAGAGAAGUUGAAAGAAAAACUGGGGAAUUUAGCUCCCAAAUUAAGCAUGGAGAGUGAAAAGUCGAGUUUUCUAGAAAUUAUUGACACUUGUGUGUCACUCCUGGUUCAAGAUUUGGACUCAACUUGUGAGCCACUACUCGCUUCUAUAACAAAGACUGCGUGGCAAUCUGUGGACACGGUUGGUGAUCAGAGUCAAUACGUAUCAGAAAUCGUAACUCAGUGGCGCUUGACGGUACCUACGCUUCGAGAUUUUUUGACAAAUUCACGAAAAUAUUUCGUCAUAUUUUGUCAACAAUUUGCAAAGGUUUUUAUGAGCAAGUAUAUUUCGACGCUGUUGAAAUGUAAGGGUAUCAGCAAACUCGGAGCUCAGCAGUUACUGUUGGACACUCAGAGUUUGAAAACAGCUUUACUGGAUCUGCCCUCAAUUACGCUCACUGUCAAAAGAAAGCCACCAGAUAAAUACAGCAAGUUGAUUGUGAGAGAAAUGGGACGAACUGAAAUGGUGCUGAAGCUCACAAUGGCUCCCGUUGAACACAUUUCUUCGUUUGUGGACCAGACAACCAAGCUAAUUCCUGACUGUGACCUCACCGAAUUUUCAAAGAUUUUGGACAUGAAGGGAUACAAGCGACAAGAACAAGGACCGUUUAUAGACUGUUUUAAAGGGAAGAUGAUGUAUGGUAGCAACGACGGGAUUGGCGGAACUAGCACUGUGGAUAUCGCUGAUACUGGGGUGGAAUCCAGUAGGAUAAAAAAAUUAGAGAAACUUAUCAAGAAGAGAUAUGAAAAUAAGCCCCUAGGUAAAAGUGAAGUUCUAUCGCAAAAGUGACAAUUGGAUGAUUAGUUUAAUGUGUUGGAUACUUGACAAUCAACUAUCAACAGAAUAUAAUGUACAAGGCCGUGUUUAAAUAUAAAAGUUUAUUACUUAAAAAA